CUGCGGCUGGGGAGGAGAAAGAAGCGAAGGUGGUGGCUCGCGCUCUUGCUGGGCCGUGCCACCUGCCCGCUCGCCCUCUGCUGUAGCGCCCGCCACCGCCAACAUGCUGCCGAAACUGGGCUGCCCCGCGCUGCCGCUGCUCCUGCCGUCGCUGCUGCUGUUGCUGGGCGCGGGCGGCGGUGGCCAUGGGGUGCGCGCCGAGGUGCUGUUCCGCUGCCCGCCCUGCACGGCCGAGCGCCUGGCCGCUUGCGGGCCCCCCCGGCUGGCCGGCGGCGCCCACGAGCCCUGUCCCGAGCUGGUCCGGGAGCCGGGCUGCGGCUGCUGCUCCGUGUGCGCCCGGCUGGAGGGCGAGGCGUGCGGCGUCUACACCCCGCGCUGCGCCCAGGGAUUGCGCUGCUACCCCAAGCCCGGCUCCGAGUUGCCCCUUCACGCGCUGGUCCACGGCGAAGGCACUUGCGAAAAGCUCGGGGACGCAGAUUACGGCGCUAACCGGGAGCAGGUUGCAGACAAUGGUGAUGACCACUCUGAGGGAAGCCUGGGCGAGAAUCAUGUGGACGGAACCAUGAACAUGUUGGGAGGUGGAGGCGGUGCUGGCCGGAAGCCCCUCAAGUCAGGCAUGAAGGAGCUGGCCGUCUUCCGGGAGAAAGUCACCGAGCAGCACCGGCAGAUGGGCAAAGGUGGAAAAAACCACCUCAGCCUGGAAGAGUCCAAGAAGCUGCGGCCACCACCUGCCAGGACCCCCUGCCAGCAGGAAUUGGACCAGGUCUUGGAGCGGAUCUCCACUAUGCGCCUUCCAGAUGAUCGAGGUCCCCUGGAGCAUCUCUACUCCUUGCACAUCCCCAACUGUGACAAGCAUGGCCUGUACAACCUCAAACAGUGCAAGAUGUCUCUGAAUGGGCAACGUGGGGAGUGCUGGUGUGUGAACCCCAACACCGGGAAGCUGAUCCAGGGAGCCCCCACCAUCCGGGGGGACCCGGAGUGCCAUCUCUUCUACAAUGAGCAGCAGGAGGCUGGCGGGGUGCAGGCUCAGCACGUGCAGUAAACCACAGCCAGCCGGUGCCUGGCCCCCGCCCCCUCCAAACGCCAGGAGGAACCCAGAGAGCUGGAGUGGCUGGUGUGGAGGAUUUCCUAGGAGUUUCGACACAUGUAUUUAUAUUUGGAGAGAGACCAGCACCAAGCUGGGCACCGCCCCUGCCUUCCCCCUCCCCAGCUGGAGAUGCCCACACCCCCUGCUUCCUUGCUUCCCUGGGGAAGAAGGGGGUUGCACUGGGGGAGCUGGGUAAAGGUUUGGGGGGGUAAAAGAAAUUUUUAUUUUUGAACCCCAUGUCUCUUUUGCUUAAGAUUAAAGGAAGGAAAAAUAAAA